GUUAGCGAGUGGUUCUAUAGUUCAGAGAAUUUCAAGAUGACUGGUCGUGGUAAGGGAGGAAAGGGAUUGGGAAAAGGAGGAGCAAAGCGUCACAGGAAGGUUCUUCGCGAUAACAUCCAAGGUAUCACCAAGCCUGCUAUCCGUCGUCUGGCUCGACGUGGUGGUGUCAAGCGUAUAUCUGGCUUGAUUUACGAAGAAACUCGAGGUGUACUGAAGGUGUUCCUUGAAAACGUCAUUCGUGAUGCUGUCACCUACACUGAGCAUGCGAAGAGGAAAACCGUGACUGCUAUGGACGUCGUAUACGCCCUGAAACGCCAAGGCAGAACUCUGUACGGAUUUGGCGGAUAAGCGAAGAGCUGUCGAGAUUCUAAACAAUCGGCCCUUUUCAGGGCCACAAAUAUAUUAAACGUUUGAAUAAUUCUUGUUCGCUAUGUUGAAAAACUCACCUAUUAUAACCUUAUUUUUGUGUUUGUUUUACUCGAAGUAAAAAUAGUAUUCGCGGAAAAUAUUAAUGUCUGCUAAGCGUUUUAAAUUUUGUUUUUGAGUUUUUAAAUUACGCUUUGUUUAAAAAAUGUAAAAAACUUGUUUUUAUGCAGUUUUUAUGUAUUGUAUGUGCUAUA